GGUCUCACCAGUACUUAGUCAGACGCCGCAUCGUAUACUUCGCUCUUUUACGAUCAACAUUGGCUGUUAUUAUUUUUUAAUAUUUAUCUCUCGCUUUAUCGUCACUUCAAUUGUGAAAGUUCUUCGUCGCUGUAUUUCUGUGAUCCUUAGACUGUUGAAUGAGUGUUGGAUUUUACGCCGGGUCAUGUGAGAGGGGAGAUUAUAUUUGAACAAUGGGAUGCCAUCCUCGAGGGAGCAAUCAGUGGUUGGAUACAUUUUCUCAUAUUUUUUGAAUGGACCUUUUUCACAUUUUCACGAGUUUUGAUAAGAUGCAGCAGUAAUGAAUGCCCACGUGGUGGUUGAAUUUCUCCUGGUAUGGAUGAGCCUGUCGCUAACGGUACCUGGCGAACUUCUAGCACUUGGAUACCAGACAGGUGGCCUUUUAUUAUCAGAUCGUGAUCCAAAACCCCGGCGAUGUCAGUACAGCAAAAUAUCAGGGAUGCUGCAGGCGAAAUGCGCGGAAUUGAGUCUCAAUGAAAUUCCCAGGAGUCUACGGACAGACGUUGAGAUAUUGGAUUUUUCGGUGAAUCGACUACGAGACCUAAAAAACCAGACCCUUUCCGCCUACACCAGCCUGACCUUUCUCUAUCUCAUGGACAACUUUAUCGUAGCCAUUGAGGAUGAUGCCUUUUCACGUCUCACUAACAUACAAGUCAUAAACCUCAACACAAAUGGUGUUCGCGAAUUUCCGAAUAGUAUUUUCACCCUUCCAAGCUUAAAACGUUUAUACCUAGGGGACAACAGACUCUCCGAUGAGUCGAUACGACCAACUAGUCUUGCUGAGAAUUCGAAUUUAGAGUUAUUGGAUGUAUCAGGGAACCACUUGAGUUCACUACCCCAUCUGGGUAUUGUGCCACGGCUCAAGUACCUGAACGUGUCUAGAAACGCCAUCAGGCAACUGAAACCAGAAGACGUUGCAAUCUUCUGCUCCCUGGAGAGCCUGGACAUCUCCAACAAUCCACUGAUCCUAGAUGAUUGCAGUUGUCAUGCCUUCAACGAGUGGAUCACUAUGAGAAACAUAAAAUUGUACCCAGACAAACUUAAAUGUUCGACUGACCCUAAGAAAUGUACUUAUUCUGCUAAUCAAAUCACGUCAAAUGACACAGUUAAAUUAUUUGACAGUUGUAAAUAUGUUUUGAAGACCCAUGAGGAAACAGCAAAGGCUCGUUCAACAUGGAUCAUCGUAGCGUCAUGUGUCGCAGUGUUUCUCACGGUAUUAUUUAUUUCUCUCUACUGCAUACAUAGACGUAAUAAGCGUCAAAAAAAUCUUAAGAAGAAUAAGAAAGAACAAUUGUCUAUUAAUCACGCUAACACUGAACUACUUAAUGAUAAAAAUGCACCGGAUGAAGCGUGAACUGUGACUGCAAUAGUGUUUUACAAAUGAUGUUUGUAUCUUCUUUUAUCACAUACUCGCCAUAAAAUCUUCCAUGAAUAAUGCAUAAUUAUUGGAAAGUGUCUAGUGAUUAAAAAUAAAGUAAGUGUACUAUUAA